UUGGCAGCAGCACUGUCCCUAUCCGUGUGUGUGCGUGCGACGAAACUAUAUCUCUCAACCACCGCUUCUUUCUUGCUGCUUUACAGUCCCUAUUGAGCCCGGCCCCUGCCUCCCUGCUGCCACCGCACCCUCCUGGCCUCCACCUGCUAAGCCACUUAGUCCUCCACCGCCAGGACCGCCGUCAAUAAAUCCCGGACCAGUGUUCCACAAAGGCACUUCGCCGCUUGCCACCUUUACUACCAGAGCGUGCAUCCUAGAGCCUAGUGUACGUUCCCGCUUGCUCAUCUCGUCUUAUUCUAUUACACUCAUAAUCGUAUCUCGUUCAGUAUCAUCUCUUUUCUAGAUCGUCUUGAUUUUGCUUGGCGGACUUGGUAACAAAGCAUAAUGGCUACUACUAGAAACAUCAAGUGUGUUGUCGUUGGCGACGGUGCCGUUGGAAAGACAUGUCUUCUUAUCAGUUACACAACCAAUGCUUUCCCGGGAGAAUAUGUCCCAACAGUUUUUGACAACUACUCGAGCCAGGUGAUUGUAGAUGGUAUGACGGUAUCUUUGGGACUGUGGGAUACAGCCGGUCAAGAAGAUUACGACCGUCUUCGACCUUUAUCCUACCCGCAGACUGAUGUCUUCCUUCUCUGCUUUUCCGUCGUCUCCCCUGCUUCCUUUGAAAACGUCCGAACCAAAUGGUAUCCUGAAAUUCAGCACCAUUCACCAGGAACUCCUAUCAUCCUUGUCGGUACCAAGCUCGAUUUGAGAGACGACCCUAUGCAGAUUGAAAAACUGAGGGAACGAAGGCAAGCGCCCAUUGGAUAUUCUCAAGGCUCAUCUAUGGCGAAUGACAUCAAGGCUGCCAAGUACCUCGAAUGCUCGGCUUUGACGCAGAAGAACCUCAAGUCUGUUUUUGACGAGGCUAUCCGGACGGUCCUCAACCCUAAUCGACGAGCGGGCAAGGCGAAGAAGAGCAGCGGAUGUCUUGUCAUGUAAAACGGCAAACCAUUUUAAUUGUCUCUGGCCUUUUUUUUGGCGUAUGUUAUGGAACGACAGGGAUCUGAACACUGCAUUCGACGUCUUUCUCGAAUCUCUUUUCUUGCCUUUUCAAUAGUAUCUGUACUACCAGCUUUCUUUCUUACUCUCAAGAACUGUUCUUCUGAGCCCUUCUCGAUACUAAAUUCAAGCUAUAAGUGGGUUGAAUCUUUUACCCUGGCGUGAUUUUCCUUUGGCUCCUUUUCUUGUCUUCUUUUUUCAUUUUUGUGUGAUAUGAUAAUGAUAGGAUGAACUAUGUGAUGGAAUGCAUUUGAUCUGGU